CAUUGUUGCUAUCCUCUUCACACUCAAAUCCCCAACAGCUCCGGAGAAUCAAGUUCCCUCAUAUCCAGAAAGAUGUCCUAUCAGCAGCAAGAGCAAUGCAAGCAGCCCUGCCAGCCCCCUCCUGUGUGCCCACCUCCCAAGUGUCCAGAGCCAUGCCCACCUCCCAAGUGUCCAGAGCCAUGCCCACCUCCUAAGUGUCCAGAGCCAUGCCCACCUCCGGAGAUUCCACCUCAACUCUGCCAGCAGAAGUGUCCUCCUGUGCAGCCACCACCACCAUGCCAGCAGAAGUGACCACCCAAAAGCAGCAAGAGCAAAAGCCAUUAAGGCCAUAAUGCAAGAAAAACAAAUAGUUCCUCCCAUCUCCAGCAGCGUCGUCUCUUCUCUGAAGCCCGUCCUGGUGGCGGAUGGUACUCCCUGAGCCUCUAUCCUGCUCUUCCUGCAGUGAUGCUUGACAUAAAAGAGACUUAAUCCUGAAGGAACUCUCUUUCUUUUUAGGGUCAGAUUCCUGUCUGAGAUAGGGCCACUCUUGGGGAUGCCAGAGCCCUAGAGCCCCAGAUAAAAGAGCAACAGGAACAAGUCUAACUUCCUUAAAAUGCAGCCUUUCUUUUCUGUGUGUCUGAGAUCUGGGCAACCCUUUCUGUGGUCUGGGAAACAUAGCUUUGCUCCUGUUUCCCUAAUAAAGCAUGUUUCAUGAUGGAACAAAUGCCUUUCUUCUUUAAUCCUGGUUGUUAGCUGUAUCAGACUAGUAGGCAAUUAUUUGUUUUUUUAUCAGAUCUCUGAAUUCAGAUGACGUAGUAAUCAUAGUUCAUUGGGUUUGGCUUGAAACGUGUCUGUUUAGAUUGAGUACAGAAAUAAGUCCUUUUUUAUUAGCUCAAUGCCAACUCUGCUUGUUACAAAUGAUGUGUUCUUAUUUGGAGAGAGAAAAUGAUACCUUCAACUCAGGGUUGUCGUAAGAAUCUAUCCAUUUCUUUAGUCAUUCAUCCGUUAAAAAUACAUUUGUUGAGUGUGUACUUUGCACCUGGUACUCUUUUAGGUGCAAGGGAUACAGUGGUGAACAAAACAUAUAAAUACUUUGAGUUUUUGGAGGUUAAAUUAUACUGAACGAAACAUACUAGUUAAUGAAUAUUUAAGCUAACAUAUAAUAUCAGUUGGUAAUACUGUAAAUAUUCUCAAAAAAAUGAAAGCGGAGUCAGAGGAUAGAGAGUAAUGGGGAAGGGAAUUGGGGGUUGCUGGUCUGAGAGCCGUGAGUGAAAUAAGCAAGACAUGGGGGUUUGAGGUGUAUAUUCUUCCAAGGAGAGGGAAUAGUAAGGGAGACAAUGGCCAUAGGACGUUGAAGGGGCCAGUAACUGUAGUAGAGUUUGUAGGAGGGAGAGUGAUGGAGAAUGAAGUAGCCAGAGGCCGGAUCAUGCAGGGAAUUGUUGAACUUUGUAAGGGUUUGGGAUUUUGUUCAAGUAUUAGUGAAUAUUAUGCACUAAAUUUUAUGUCUACUAAAUUCUCCCCUAUCAUGUCUCCUUGCUUAUGCAGAAUAUUCUAAC